AUGGCUGCGAAGCUGCGAGCGCAUCAGGUGGACGUGGACCCGGACUUCGCGCCGCAGAGCCGGCCGCGCUCGUGUACCUGGCCCCUGCCGCAGCCCGACUUGGUCGGCGACGAGGACGGAGCGCUGGGCGCAAGGGUGGCUGAGGGCGCCGAGGACUGCGGGCCGGAGCGCCGGGCUACGGCCCCGGCGAUGGCCCCAGCGCCGCCGCUGGGCGCGGAGGUCGGACCGCUGCGGAAAGCGAAGAGCUCCCGGCGGAACGCGUGGGGGAACCUGUCCUACGCCGACCUCAUCACCAAAGCCAUCGAGAGCGCCCCGGACAAGCGGCUCACGCUCUCGCAGAUCUACGACUGGAUGGUCCGUUACGUGCCCUACUUCAAGGAUAAAGGCGACAGCAACAGCUCGGCCGGCUGGAAGAACUCCAUCCGGCACAACCUGUCGCUGCACACGCGUUUCAUCCGCGUGCAGAACGAGGGCACAGGCAAGAGUUCGUGGUGGAUGCUGAACCCGGAGGGCGGAAAAACUGGCAAGACCCCGCGGCGCAGGGCCGUGUCCAUGGACAAUGGGGCCAAGUUCCUGCGCAUCAAGGGCAAGGCAAGCAAGAAGAAGCAGCUGCAGGCACCCGACCGCAGCCCAGACGACAGCCCUCCCGGCGCGCCUGUCCCAGGGCCGGUGCCCGCUGCGGCCAAGUGGGCCGCCAGCCCCGCCUCGCACGCCAGCGACGACUACGAGGCGUGGGCCGACUUCCGCGGCGGCGGGAGACCUCUGCUCGGGGAGGCGGCCGAACUGGAGGACGACGAGGCCCUGGAGGCCCUGGCGCCGUCGUCGCCGCUCAUGUACCCGAGCCCCGCGAGCGCGCUGUCGCCGGCCCUGGGCGCGCGCUGUCCCGGGGAGCUGCCCCGCCUGGCCGAGCUUGGAGGCCCGCUGGGGCUGCACGGCGGCGGCGCGGGGCUGCCCGAGGCUCUGCUGGAAGGCGCGCAGGACGCGUACGGGCCUCGGGCCGCGCCCAGGCCCGGCCAGGUGCUGGGCGCGCCAGGGGAGCUGGUGCUGGCGGGCGCGUCAGCCGCCUACCCCGGCAAGGGGGCCGCCCCGUACGCCCCGCCCGCGCCCUCGCGCAGUGCCUUAGCCCACCCCAUCAGCCUUAUGACGCUGCCCGGCGAGGCGGGCUCCGCGGGCCUGGCACCGCCCGGGCACACUGCCGCCUUCGGGGGCCCUCCUGGCGGCCUCCUGCUGGACGCGCUGCCGGGGCCCUACGCGGCCGCCGCCGCCGGGCCGCUGGGUGCUGCACCCGACCGCUUCCCGGCCGACCUGGACCUCGACAUGUUCAGCGGGAGCCUCGAGUGCGACGUCGAGUCCAUCAUCCUCAACGACUUCAUGGACAGCGACGAAAUGGACUUCAACUUCGACUCGGCCCUGCCUCCGCCGCCUCCUGGCCUGGCCGGGGCCCCGCCCCCCAACCAGAGCUGGGUGCCGGGCUGA